CGGGAGGCGGAGCCGAGCCGGGGAAUCCUGCUCCGGGCGAGCGCCGGGCCCUGCAGAGCAGCCCGGCCGUCCGAGGGCCCCCGCGUCGGGGGCGGCGGGGAACCCCAGACGCAGCCGGGCCGGGGAGGGAUCCCCGUGCCGAGCGAGCCGCCGCCGCCGCCGCCGCCGCCGCCUCCGCCGCCUCCUCCGCGCCGCCCCCGCGGGCUGCCGGGUGCCGGGCGCGCCCCCACUCCGCCCGGCCGCCAGCUCCCGCGGUCCCGCCGUCCGCUCGCCGGCCAGUCGUCCGUGCGCCAUGCAGCCGCCGCCCGCCCCGCGCGCGUAGGCGCCCGCCGCAGGCCAUGCUGCUCCCGCUCGCCGCGCUGCUGGCCGCCGCCUGCCCGCUGCCGCCCGCCCGCGGCGGGGCCGCGGACGCGCCGGGCCUCGGUGGGGCGCCCCCCAACGCCUCCGUCAACGCGUCGUCCGCGGGCGAGCCCGCCGCCCCGCGGCUGCUGGCCUCCGCGGCGCCCGGGCCCCCCGAGCGCCCGGGCCCGGAGGAGGCGGCGGCGGCGGCGCCGUGCAACAUCAGCGUGCAGCGGCAGAUGCUGAGCUCGCUGCUCGUGCGCUGGGGCCGCCCGCGGGGCUUCCAGUGCGACCUGCUGCUCUUCUCCACCAACGCGCACGGCCGCGCCUUCUUCGCCGCCGCCUUCCACCGCGUCGGGCCGCCGCUGCUCAUCGAGCACCUGGGGCUGGCGGCCGGCGGCGCGCAGCAGGACCUGCGCCUGUGCGUGGGCUGCGGCUGGGUGCGCGGCCGCCGCCCCGGCCGCCUCCGGCCCGCCGCCGCCGCCGCCGCCGCCGCCGCCGCCGGGGCGCCCACCGCGCUGCCCGCCUACCCCGCGGCCGAGCCCCCCGGGCCGCUGUGGCUGCAGGGCGAGCCGCUGCACUUCUGCUGCCUGGACUUCAGCCUGGAGGAGCUGCAGGGCGAGCCGGGCUGGCGGCUGAACCGCAAGCCCAUCGAGUCCACGCUGGUGGCCUGCUUCAUGACCCUGGUCAUCGUCGUGUGGAGCGUGGCCGCCCUCAUCUGGCCGGUGCCCAUCAUCGCCGGCUUCCUGCCCAACGGCAUGGAGCAGCGCCGGACCACCGCCAGCGCCGCCGCCGCCGCCGCCGCCGCCCCCGCCGCCGUGCCCGCUGGGACCACCGCCGCCGCCGCGGCCGCGGCCGCCGCCGCCGCCGCCGCCGCCGCGGCCGUCACCUCGGGGGCGGCGGCCAAGUGACCCGCCCCGCUCCUCCCCGCGCCCGCCCUGUGUCCGCGCUCUCGGGUGCCUUUCCCGCCGGGAGGCUCGGCCGGUGUGCUUCGUGCUGUCGUGACCGUUAGUUCUUCUUCCGGGGAGGGGGCCGCCGGAGGGGGCCCAGCGGGGUGGCCCAGCGGGACGCGGGCGGCGCUUCUGGUUCCGAGGGGGCAGCUGCAAGGUGGGAGCCGCGCAGCUCGGCAGACGGCAGACGGAGGAGGGAAAUGGGGCCCUUUCCCCUCGGUUGCAUCCCCCUGCCCUCCCUCCCCGCACCCACGUGCCCUAUAUUCAUGGCAGAAAAUGACCAAAUCCUGUGUAUUUGUUUUAUAUAUUUAAUAACUGUUUUAAAUGAAAGUUUUAGUAAAAAAACAAAACAAAACAAAAUCAAAUUGCUAUUGCUGUAGGAAGAGAAGCUCUUUGUAUCCAAACCUAGUAUUUGAAGUUUCUUGUUUUUUUUUAAUUUAUUUAAAGGUGGGGGAGGGGGGAGGCAUGGGAAGGAUUUCACACCCACAUAUUGUUACCGCUGAGAAUGAACUUUAUGAACCUUUUCCAAGUCGAUCUAUCCAGUGACGUGGCCUGGUGGGCGUUUCUUGUACUUCUGUGGUUUUUUUUUUGGCUUUUAAUACAGACAUUUUCCUCCA